AUGAAGGUAUACUACAUUGGUAUAUUAAACACUAACGGUGAGAAAGCCAUCGAACUAACCUCUGCAAGAGACUUGUCACAAUUUUCCUUCUUUGAAAGGAAUGGGGUAUCACAGUUUAUGACAUUUUUCGCUGAAACUGUAUCUCAAAGAACUCCAGCUGGACAAAGACAGAGUGUUGAAGAAGGUAACUAUGUUGGUCAUACAUAUACCAGGUCUGAAGGAAUUUCGGGUGUAAUAAUAACUGAUAAGGAAUAUCCUGUAAGGCCAGCAUAUACCUUGAUCAAUAAAAUCUUGGAAGAAUACUUGUCGUUGCAUCCUAAAUCAGAAUGGCAAAACCUUGAUCUGACAAAUUCUACGUUGACAUAUGCAGAAUUGGAAACUUAUUUGAAAAAGUACCAGGAUCCAUCCCAGGCAGAUUCGAUAAUGAAGGUACAACAAGAAUUGGACGAUACAAAGGUUGUGUUGCAUAAAACUAUUGAAGGCGUAUUGCAGAGAGGUGAAAAAUUGGAUGCGUUGGUCGACAAAUCAGAGGCCUUGAGCAGCUCAUCGAGAAUGUUUUAUAAACAGGCUAAGAAGACAAAUUCAUGUUGUAUAAUUAUGUAA